AUGAUCAUAGAUGGCUUCUCAAGCAACAGUCGCAGAACCUUUGGCCGCGCCGGCGAUCGGUUCGGAAUGGGGGCAUUGCUAGCAUUCUUCUCGAUGAGGGUAUUGCGCGGAGGCCCCAAGAUCCUGGCCUACCUGGCUGCCUUCCUUGUGCUGCUCCUUGUGGUCAUAAAGAUCCUCCCGCAACACCUCACCGAGGCGUCAUUUGGACCGGCGAAUAACCAAAUAUGGAACUGGCCAGGCGGCGAAAACGAUGCCGGGGGAUCGGGUGCGGCUGGCGGCGUCGGACCCGGAACGCUGAGGGUUGUUGUCUUUGGGGAAAACGACAUCGCCACUCCUGCCCGGAUACAGGGGCUCGAGGACACAAAGCCUCGAAGCUGGACACAGUUUCUCUGUGAAGAGUUGAAAUGCUCGUCCUACCUUUCCUUCGUCCCUACAUUCGAGGGCCCCGGCCGUUCGAUGACUUCCAACGGUCUCUACGCCGCUGCCGUCGACGAAGCGUUGAACGAGACUUCGCCCAGCGCCGGACAGGACUACUCUUUUCUGCCAGAGAAGUUCCCCGUAACAUGGGACUUGCCAGACAUUUCGGAUCAGGUCAGCGCGUUCCUCUCCAUGGAGAAGCCGGAACAGGCGCCCGGCGAGACGCUUUGGGUGUUUUCGUUCGGCACUUGGGAUAUCUGGUCGCUAGCCUCGAUGCCCCGAGUCACCAGCACUCAUGCUAUUGAUGUCAUGGUUGAGCAUAUCUUCCGAGAGAUGGAGCGGCUUUACCUCCACUCCCUAGACGAGGAUUCCAUCGCAUGGUCAGACUCCCGUCUCCCGAUGCCCUCUGAGGGCGCAGAAAGUGGCUCGACGAGGCAUAGCACUCUGCCAGCCGGUUUCAACGUCACCGCCGUGACAGACGGCAUAGAGACAGGAAACAAGGAGAGAGGAAGCAAGGAGACUGGUCGAACCAAGCACUUCCGCGUCCUCGUCCCGAAACUGUUUGACCCGACGCUGACUCCUGGCUGGCACAGCGCUCGCCCGGAAGUGCCCAGUGUACACUCCAAGGCCGAGCAGCUGCGUAACGCCGUCCUGCUCACGGACCUGUGGAACGCUUAUUUGCACAGCCGACUGCGUGAAUGGGUGGACACGCCCGGCCCAGAAGUUGAGGCUGAGGACGAUGCUGAGGACGAGGACCCGGAAGCAGAGGAACCCCUACAGUUACCCCAGCGCGACGCCAUCUCGUACGACCUGCCCGCCUACCUCAUGGAGAUGAUCAUCGAGGGUCAGCUGCGCAGCGCCGGCGUCAACGAUUCCAAGGGCAUGGGCAGCAGCAUGCCCACCAACCAGACCUUCCGCGAAGUCCGGCUUCCAUGUGUCAGUGACUUAUCCGCGCCCGACGACGCCGAAGACACAGUCUAUACUGGAGGAGAAAUCACCGACGCCGAAGAAGCAACCUACAGCGGAGGAGAAAUCACCGACGCCGAGGAACCCCCCGAAGCGACACCCACAACCACCGUAACCAGCUCCAAAGCCCCACAAUCUCCCCCCUCCACCCGCCACCGCCGCGUCGAGACCACCCAAGACGACGACGACGGCGGCGGCGGCGACGACGACAGCACCGCAGACGCCGAGCCCACCGCCACGCUGCAGGUGUGCUCCUCGCCGCACGACCACCUCUUCUUCACGGCGUUCGCGCUCUCGCAGCGCGCCAUCGCCGACGUCGCCGGCGAGGCGGCGGGCAUGGUGCGGCGCAACGAGACGGAGCGGGCGCGCCGGGCCGCCGCGGCGAGGGCCGAGGCCGAGGCCCGCAGCUGA